GUAGCCCGCGCAGCCCUCACUCGCCGCCGCGCCUCGGAGUUUGAGCCCCGCGCAGCCCGAGCGCAGGCACGCCCGGGGCGCGGGGUCGGAGCGCGCAGCGCGGCGCCGCCCCCCGGCCCUCGGCCCCCCAGCCCCUGGCGCCCCCGGAGCUGCGCGCCGAGGGAGGAGGGCGGGCGGGCGCGGCGGGCCGGGCCGGCGGGCGGCGGACUAUGAGGCGCCCACCAUGGUGCGAUGCGACCGCGGGCUGCAGAUGCUGCUGACCACGGCCGGAGCCUUCGCUGCCUUCUCGCUCAUGGCCAUCGCCAUCGGCACCGACUACUGGCUGUACUCCAGCGCGCACAUCUGCAACGGCACCAACCUGACCAUGGACGACGGGCCCCCGCCCCGCCGCGCCCGCGGCGACCUCACCCACUCGGGACUGUGGCGGGUGUGUUGCAUCGAAGGCAUCUAUAAAGGACACUGUUUCAGGAUCAACCACUUUCCAGAGGACAAUGAUUACGACCAUGACAGCUCAGAGUACCUCCUCCGCAUUGUGCGAGCCUCCAGUGUCUUCCCCAUCCUCAGCACCAUUCUGCUCCUGCUUGGAGGGCUCUGCAUCGGCGCUGGGAGGAUCUACAGCCGCAAGAACAACAUUGUCCUCAGUGCAGGCAUCCUCUUUGUGGCCGCAGGCCUCAGUAACAUCAUCGGCAUCAUCGUCUACAUCUCCAGCAACACAGGCGACCCCAGUGACAAGCGUGACGAAGACAAAAAGAACCAUUACAACUACGGCUGGUCCUUUUACUUUGGAGCCCUGUCGUUCAUUGUGGCCGAGACCGUGGGCGUCCUGGCCGUAAACAUUUACAUUGAGAAAAAUAAAGAGUUGAGGUUUAAGACCAAGCGGGAAUUCCUUAAGCCUUCUUCCUCCUCUCCUUACGCCAGGAUGCCGAGCUACAGGUACCGGCGACGGCGGUCCAGGUCCAGUUCAAGGUCCACCGAGGCCUCGCCCUCCAGGGAUGCGUCUCCCGUGGGCCUGAAGAUCACCGGGGCCAUUCCUAUGGGUGAGCUGUCCAUGUACACGCUGUCCAGGGAACCCCUGAAGGUAACCACGGCUGCCAGCUACAGCCCGGACCAGGAUGCUGGCUUCCUGCAGAUGCACGACUUCUUCCAACAGGACCUAAAGGAGGGUUUCCACGUCAGCAUGCUGAACCGGCGGACGACUCCCGUGUGACCUGCCCACCCGUCUCGGCACCGGCCUCCCCCAGAGUGGCUGUUUGUGUGACACACAACAGGGUGACCCUUAAGAUAAUAGACAGUGAACUGGAGAGCCAAGGGCAACCCUCCCUGGCCUCCAAAAGAUGCCAUGGGCUGGCUAAGAGUGGAGGAAGCCUGGAGACUGGAAUCAGGGCUAGGGUAGAAACUGAAGGCUAACUUUCUCCCAAGACAGGGUGUAUUGCUGUCCUCCUGAAAUUUCCCAGGAGGCCCAAGAAUUUUCUAGAAGCUGCAUCAGCCUGCCUCUUGGAAACCAGGAAACCAGUCAUGCCAGAAGAUGUCAAACUUUUUCCCCUUCCCUGGGCACAGGGCCACAGGAAGGCUUCUUCCAGAACUGGGACCUCUGGGCUCCCAUCAGCUGUUUCCCACCCAGAAGUUCCUGUGUCCUGGAGCCCAGAAUGAGCCGGAUCUCACUCCACUCCCCUCUGCCUCCCUCUCUCAGCCUCUGUCUGGCAGCCUGGUGGAGCCUGUGGUUGUAAACAUCAUCCGUCCUAAAGAGAAAGCUCUAUGGCUAACUGGUGCUUCGGCCUUGAGCUGUCCUGUGGCCGGCGUCUCUCCACCUCAGGAGACCAGGAAUCCAGGGCAAAGGCAGAGUCUGCAGGCUUUCCUACCUGCUUCCGGAAGUUUCUGCUGAGCUCGGAAUGGACAGGACGUACUCACUAAACUUGGAGAUCUGGAGGAUUCCAUGGGUCUGAGGAAAGGUGGGAACUUACUGUGUUCUUCCCCACUUGCCUGAGGAACCACACUGUCCCCUGAGCCACAGGGGACCCGGCUAGGGGCGGAGCCAUACUCCCACUUCCAAACUGGUGUACAACUUCAGUAUGAGAAAGGGGAACCUGAGGGUGAGCGGAGACGACAAAGAACAAAGAAAGAGCAUCCGUUUCCAAGUGGUUCUGAAUGGUGGCGUACUGAGAACCAACAGCAGCAGAACAAGCCACAUUCAACUCCUCAUCCUAAAAAGCAGCAAUGGCGUCUCUCCCGACUCCUGUCCUAAUUUAUUCUGCCGACACCCAAAGGACUCUGUGGACAUUUGACUCAAGGGGCCGUCCUGGGCUUUCUCACUUUGCCUGAAUCUGAGGAUGAGGUCUGUGUUUUACAGUUUGUCCAGCCAUCCCCCUUUCCCUCUCGAGGUGAGCAAACACCGUGUGAGUGUGUCCAGAUUAGAAAGAACUCUCCAGAAAGUGGAACUUACCCCCUUUUCUAUAACACGCGUGCUUUCUAAGGAUCAAUUGUUUCUUACUUUUUGAGACUUCUUAAUCCAAUCUUUAACAGUCUUCUGUGACCCCAGUAACUGUCUCCCCUAGAAGUGACAAGCCAGUUCUUACCUCAGCCGCCUGCUCAUGGAGCCCCUAGGCUGACUCGGAGUUCAGACGCAGGUCCAUUUGUCCUUCCCUGCCUGCCCUUCAUCCCCCCACCACACUCUCUCUCUCUCUCUCUCUCUCUCUCUCUCUCUCUCUCUCUCUCUCUCCCUCUCUCUCUCUAAAGAAAGACAUCCUAUGUCAUAGCUAAAGCCAACUGCCCAUGAGCUGGUGAGCUGAAAUGUGAACAUGUCGGGGCUCCUUCGUUCUUGCUCAGAACCAUCCCCUCCUGGCCAGGCGGGCUCCUCGGCGUGUGUCAAAGCAUGCACAGCAGUGAGUGAGCGCCAGUGUCGAGAUGUGUGGUCUGUCCCUGCAGCAGGCCCUCACCCUGCCCACCUCCCCCACCUCGCCUCUACCACCAUUAACAUCUUUGGAGGCUGAAGGAAGCCCCGACCCCCAGGGAGACCAAGACCCAUGUCUCUUCUGGAAAUAAAGCAGCCUAUGGUAAACUUCCACACAAGCCACCUUCCCAACUGUAGUUCCAGAAGUUUCCACGGUUCCACAUGAGAAAGCUGUGUUCCGAUGAAUCCUACCUCUUGUCCAGUCCUAGGCAGAGUACACAGGCCCACUCCGGGGACAAGAGAGAGCCAGAAGGAAAAGGAAGAAGAGGCAGGGUAGAACGCGGAGAAAAGCCUCAGCUGCCCGGCCCCCACAGCCUUUCUCCUGCUGACUGUUGGCCUCACUCCGGGGACCCUGGUCACUGGCUUGCCCUUCCUGUGGGGAAGGGAGCAGAGCUGGACCGUACCGCUGACAGGCUCGGGUCCAGCUCCUUCUCUGAAGGGACAUGAGGCCUGAGCCCAUCUUCCCACCCCUCCUCUGUCCCGUCUCCUCCCCUGUGUCUUUCACCAGUUAAGCCCCUGUGAUCCUGUACCCACCAGUGGUUUGGGGUUCUUAGUUCUGUCUCUCUCUCUUUUUUUUUAAUUAAAUAAAAACAUUUUUAAAAUGUU